ACCGCGUGGAGGCGCUGAGGGGUUUGUUGGCCAUGUUUGCGAUCAUUUGAUCUUUGCCAUUGCAACUUCAACAAAUCAAUAAAAGAAAUUGGAAACUGGAGUUAGGGCUUGCUCGAGAUGGCCGGGAGGUGACGAGAGGAGGCCUCGUGUAAGAUGACAGUUUCCAUCAAGAGCAGAAUGGAGGACACAGACUCUGGCGGGGUGAAGGCCGGGUCGGAGGGACAUAAUAACCUCCAUCACUUGGACGACCACAACAUCAAUAAAAAGUCAGAACAAAGUCAUUUCCUUCAAGACGGACACAUGGCUGCCCUGAACCUUGGGUCACCGAGCGCUGUGCCUUCACCGCCGGCCUACGUCAGUAUCCCCGGUCAUCUCAUCUCAGAAGACGCUGACACAACACAAAAUGAUACUUUGAAACGUAUCACGAAUCGAAACAAAAUCAUCACGUCUCUAGUCUCCGGUGCCAUGGCCGGUGCCAUUGCCAAAACGACAAUUGCUCCACUUGAUAGGACAAAGAUACGAUUCCAAUCAUCCAAUAUACCUUUCUCAGCCCGACAGGCAGCAAAGUUUUUAGUCAACUCCGUCAAAAAUUACGGUUUCAGGAGUUUAUGGCGGGGGAACUCUGCAACAAUGGCCAGGAUCGUACCGUAUGCUUCCCUCCAGUACACAGCUCAUGAGCAGUGGAAACGAGUUCUUAAUACGGAGAAUAAAAAAGAGCUACCACCAUUUCCACGUUUUCUCGCUGGGUCCCUUGCCGGUGUGACAGCAGUCUCAUUGACAUACCCUCUCGACUUGGCACGGGCGCGCAUGGCAGUCACAGAGAAGAAACGAUACAGUAGUUUAUCGAGUGUCUUCCUCAAGAUCUACCGUGAGGAGGGAUUACGGAAACUCUACCGUGGUUUCAACCCGACUGUAUUAGGUGCUAUCCCAUACUCAGGAACCGGCUUCUUUACCUACGAGACAUUGAAAAAGUUACAUUCUGAAUACUCUGGUAAGAAGAACCCCUCACCGUUGGAGCGGUUGUGUUUUGGUGCUGUUGCGGGCCUGUGUGGGCAGACGUCUUCCUAUCCUCUGGACAUCGUGAGGCGGAGGAUGCAAACAGCAGGUGUAUUCAACCUCGACACCAAGUACCCUACGAUAUUAGAGACUUGUCGCACUGUCAUUCGUGAAGAAGGAUUACGUCGUGGACUUUAUAAAGGCCUCAGCAUGAACUUCAUCAAAGGCCCCAUCGCGGUCGGGAUUAGUUUUAUGACGUUUGACUUAAUCAAUAGAUAUUUAAGACAAUGGAUACUGGUGACGCAGCAUUGAUAGGAUUACUUACCUCUAAGCGGCAAUGGACUCUUCUGGGCAAAGGGAAACUGUGAAGGAUUGGGAAGUUCUAUUUUGGAUUAUUGGGAUGACAACCUCAGGGAUUGUUUGCGAUUAUUUGAAGGACUGACCGUCUGGAUUAAUGAAUCGUAAAGACUGGAAACAAUAACAGUGUGGACUUAGAAUGUGCCAUUUUCGAUGCGGAGGCUACUGUGAGAGCAUCAUCAGUCCUGCCUGUGAUAUCAUAUGUACUGUACGUGUCUACGUCUCUGCUGUUAAAUAGUAAGUAGAUCAGAGCUGCACUGCUCUUUAUUACUGUAAUCACAGUGAGAAUCAGCCAUCAUCUUGGGAGCCUUAUUCAGGUUUCAUGUGGCCACUCGGGGCCAAUCAUGUUUGGCUGGCCAUUCCCGCCACGGUCCAUGGCGGCCGCCAUUUACAUCAUAUCAUGCCUCGUAUAUGACGCCAUAACAAAUCCGUUGCGACAAGGUCCAUCUUUUCGGUCGCCGGUCUGUUUUUGGCACUGAGACGUUAAUUUUGUCCCUUGAACAGCCAAUUUAAACACCUCAUGUAUUUCAUGUGGCAAUAUUUCUGCACAGAAAGUUGGUCAGUUUUGAUUUAUCUUAAUAUUUAUCUCAAUAUUAACAACUUGAACAAUCGUAGUGCUACCUCAAGAUCUACUCACUCUUUAACUUAAUCAGUGAGUGUUUAGUGUUUGUCCAAUCGUCUUUAACAAGUUUGGAGUUGUCUAGCUGCUAGUUCCUGGGUUAUAAGCACGCUUGCCUUGAUGUGACUGAUGGUAGUAUCCUCGGCAGAGGAACAUGACUAUUAUGAGUGGCAGCCUCGACCAGUUUGAACAUGCUUAUGAGCAAUAACUUGACCUACAUUAUGGCCAUGCUGUUGUUAUGUUUUAGAAAAUAUAUCUACUUUGUUACUGGUUGUGCUUUCACGAGGUUGUAUGGUAUAUGUAUCUAGUCUUAUUUUAUGUGUAAAGUUUGUUUUAAAGUAUUUACAAAACCAUGAUAGCAGGGAGGUUAAGAAUGGUCCAUUUCCCACAGAUGAGAUCAAGGUAUAGUCCUGGUAACUCAAAGUUGGAAACACUUACUGCUUGAAUGACCUAAAGUUGUUUUCCCGACGGUCUUGAUGACCUGGAGCGGGGAAACCCCACUGAAACUGCCGACAUCCUAAACAAAAGGAAUCACCUCAUUUUCAGAGUUGUUGUGGCCUCUCUUAACCUUCCUGUUACUUUUAUGUCAAGAUGUGUAGUAUAUUAUCAGAUAUUGUUAUCAUGACAAGAACUCUUGGUUCGAAAAGUUGAUUUUCACAUCAUAAAAAGAACAAAUACCUUGCUUUUUAAAAACUGGGUUUGAAUCAGUUGUUGCGGCAUUCUGCUGAACUUCUUUUUACCUUUGAUAUGGGUACCGUGGUAUACUUACUUGGGCAAUUCAUUGAGUCCAUCUGGGAAACUCGGGGGUGUUGUGGUUAACAUUCACAAAUUUAUCAGGUCAUUUCCAUGCUAUUUUCAAGAUGUGGUUGAUAUUACUGAUUUGUGAUUUAUUGAUUUGCUCAAAGUUGAUGAUGAAAUGUAUAAUACUUUAGUGUACAACAGGCUAGUGAAAUUCUUCCUUGAAAUUAUGAUUGGGUCACAGUAAUUUGAAGAAUGAUAUCUAAGAAGUAUGUUACUUCAGUGUGCAACAGGCUAGUGAAAUUCUACCUUGAAAUUUUGAUUGGGUUACUUAGGUUAUAAGCUGCGCUGCAUUGUCAUUGAAUCUUAAAACAUCCAAAAUUUACCUGCUCUAUGUCAGGAUCAUUUCUCUUAACUAUCAAAUGUUGCUUUGAUGAAAGGAGAGGUCUAUUUAUCCUACUCCGUCUUCAAAUGGCGGCCAUUGUUAUUGGUGCGUCAUUAAAUCACACUUUCCGCUACCCUGGCGGGCAUUUUGGUAGCUAAAGGUAGCACUGGAUCGAUUUCGGCGGCUGCUGUAUCUUUGGCUUCACAAGGUGAUCCCUCAUUAUCUGGCUUGUUUUUGGCGGCUGUUGUUGCUUUGGUACGAAUUGGUGGAGGAGAUAUCGUGACUCCCCAAUCUGCUCUGCGAUCCUUUAUGGCUAGGGUACGAACAAGGGAACGAUCGGUUGAUCCGAGAUCAAGGGGCAUACGUCGAGUAUUCCGUAUCAUACCUCAAUGCAACUCAGCCUCAUCUUGGGUCAGACGUUCAGGGAGAAUCAAUUUGGUGAUCCAAUUUCUGGUUGCGGCUAACUGGGUCUACUCUGGCGUCCGAUUCCAGACCAUUAGCGUACUCUUCCAUAUAAGGCUGCGGCUGGGAACGAACAUCGCCGUACUGGGUCCUCGCAUGAUAAGUGGACAGUGACACCGCAUCCAGAUUUUGAUGAUGAGUUAUAAAACUUCAAAAAAGAUUCAAAGCAACUUCAAAAUAAUUGAGAAGGACAAAUAUCGUACGGGUUUUUGAUUUGACCUAAUUUUCAAGGUGGACUUUGGUUUGACUUAUAUACUAUACAUGUAGCAUGUUUUUUAACGAGGAUGAAUUCCUAACCACCAAAUAUCUAUACGGUGAGCACAAUGGCCCCUGGCCGUUUCAUUUCUCUUAACUAUCAAAUGUUGCUUUGAUGAAAGGAGAGGUCUAUUUAUCCUACUCCGACUUCAAAUGGCGGCCAUUGUUAUUGGUGCGUCAUUAAAUCACACUUUCCGCUACCCUGGCGGGCAUUUUGGUAGCUAAAGGUAGCACUGGAUCGAUUUCGGCGGCUGCUGUAUCUUUGGCUUCACAAGGUGAUCCCUCAUUAUCUGGCUUGUUUUUGGCGGCUGUUGUUGCUUUGGUACGAAUUGGUGGAGGAGAUAUCGUGACUCCCCAAUCUGCUCUGCGAUCCUUUAUGGCUAGGGUACGAACAAGGGAACGAUCGGUUGAUCCGAGAUCAAGGGGCAUGCGUCGAGUAUUCCGUAUCAUACCUCAAUGCAACUCAGCCUCAUCUUGGGUCAGACGUUCAGGGAGAAUCAAUUUGGUGAUCCAAUUUCUGGUUGCGGCUAACUGGGUCUACUCUGGCGUCCGAUUCCAGACCAUUAGCGUACUCUUCCAUAUAAGGCUGCGGCUGGGAACGAACAUCGCCGUACUGGGUCCUCGCAUGAUAAGUGGGCAGUGACACCGCAUCCAGAUUUUGAUGAUGAGUUAUAAAACUUCAAAAAAGAUUCAAAGCAACUUCAAAACAUUUGAGAAGUACAAAUAUCGACGUACGGGUUUUUGAUUUGACCUAAUUUUCAAGGUGGACUUUGGUUUGACUUAUAUACUAUACAUGUAGCACGUUUUUCUUGACGAGGAUGAAUUCCUAACCACCAAAUAUCUAUACAGUGAGCACAAUGGCCCCUGGCCGUUUCAUUUCUCUUAACUAUCAAAUGUUGCUUUGAUGCAAGGAGAGGUCUCUUUCUCCGUCUUCAAAUGGCAGCCAUUUCCUGGAAAUAUCUUGUUUACAAAGUGACCCGGUUGUAAUUCUGAUGUGGCAGUUCACUUACCUAUUGCACAAUGAUGUGAUGGACCUCACAUACGUCUCCCAACUACCUGUACGAUGUCAAAACUUAAUGAUCCUCCUUAAAUUGUAAUGAACUCAUGAGUGUUCAAGCUGAGUAUGUUUUGUAAAUAGUGAACUUUGAACCAGUCGGCAGAAGCGUUUGAGAGCUGUAACAAUAGCUCUCAGCUACUGACUGGGGAGAAGAAGCUAUACAAGCCAGCAGUUGUGAUAAAAUCUUUGUAUAAAAUAAAUGAUACUGAAUGAUAAUAA